ACUGCACUCAGAUAUACUGAAGAUAAGAAACAGAAUAACUUCCUUUCUUCAUUCAUUCUCACUUUGCUUCUACUUUCAUUUUUCUGCCAGUAAUCUUCAUCUUCCUCACAGAAAUCACCAAUGGCAGCAUUGCGAUUAUCAUCGUCCUGUGUUGAUUCUAAUAAUCCACAGUCCUCAAAAUUCAAAUUCCUCUCCACCUUCGCUCCAGAAUCUAGUUUCCGGACCAAUUGGACGAGGCUUCUGUUCUUCAGAACUUCAGUCUCGAGUUCAACAAGAAGGAAGCUGUGCAUUAGGAACGUAGCCAGCGAUCGACAGAAAGAACUGAAGGAGCCGGUGAACGGAGAAGUUGUAGACAAUUUCGAUAGUUUUCUUCCAGAUUCGGCGUCCAUUGCUGCGAGUAUUAAGUAUCAUUCGGAAUUCACGCCUUCUUUCUCUCCGGAGGGCUUUGGGCUUUCUAAGGCAUACUAUGCGACUGCUGAGAGUGUUCGUGAUAUGCUUAUCAUCAACUGGAAUGCUACGUAUGAGUACUAUGAAAAGAUGAAUGUGAAGCAAGCCUACUAUCUGUCGAUGGAGUUUCUACAGGGUAGAGCAUUACUAAAUGCAAUUGGAAAUUUGGAACUAUCAGGAAUUUAUGCAGAUGCUUUAAGAGUGUUAGGAUGUAAUCUCGAGGAGGUAGCACGGCAGGAAUCGGAUGCUGCACUAGGAAAUGGAGGAUUAGGGCGGCUUGCUUCCUGCUUUCUGGACUCCCUGGCAACACUAAACUAUCCAGCAUGGGGAUACGGACUCAGAUACAAGUACGGUUUGUUCAAACAACUCAUUACAAAAGAUGGACAGGAGGAAGUGGCUGAAAACUGGCUAGAGAUGGGAAAUCCCUGGGAAAUUGCAAGACACGACAUCUCCUAUCCUGUGAAAUUCUAUGGUGAAGUCAUUUCAGGCGCAGAUGGAAGUAAGCAAUGGGUUGGAGGGGAAAAUAUCACUGCUGUUGCCUAUGAUGUCCCAAUACCAGGUUAUAAAACUAAAACCACCGUAAACCUCCGUUUGUGGUCCACAAAAGUUGCUCCCGAACAAUUUAAUUUGAGUUCUUUCAAUGUUGGAGAUCAUGCCAAUGCAUAUGCAGCCAUAAAAAAGGCUGAAAAGAUAUGUUAUGUACUGUACCCCGGAGACGAGUCACUGGAGGGAAAGACUCUUAGACUGAAACAACAAUACACAUUGUGCUCUGCUUCCCUUCAAGAUAUUGUCGCACGUUUUGAGAGAAGAUCCGGGGAGGCUGUGGACUGGGAAAGUUUUCCAGAAAAGGUUGCUGUGCAGAUGAAUGAUACGCAUCCUACACUUUGUAUCCCUGAACUGAUAAGAAUAUUGAUGGAUGUGAAAGGGUUGACCUGGAAAGAAGCUUGGGGCAUCACUCGUAGAACUGUAGCCUACACAAAUCAUACAGUUCUGCCGGAGGCGCUGGAAAAAUGGAGUUUCCCCCUCAUGCAGGAAUUACUUCCUCGACACGUCCAGAUAAUUGAAAUGAUUGACGAGGAGCUUAUCCAUUCCAUCAUUGCUAAGUACGGCACAAAAGAUCUUGAGCUGUUGCAACAAAAGCUGAAGCAAAUGAGAGUUCUAGAAAAUUUUGAAUUACCAGACUCGGUAAUGGAACUGCUAGUAAAUUCAGCGGAGUCUGCCGUUGCAGUUGCGGUUGAUCUCAGUGAGGAAGCUGAAAUUCUGGAUGAGGAACCGUUACCUGGUAACGAAGGAGACGAUACCGAAAACGAAAGUAUUGCAAAGAAAAUAGAUGUUUCGUUUAAAGUUGAUCCAAAGCAUCCAAAGAUGAUUCGCAUGGCUAAUUUGUCUGUUGUUGGUGGAUACGCCGUAAAUGGUGUUGCUGAAAUUCAUAGUGAAAUUGUUAGAACCGAAGUUUUUAGCGACUUCUAUGAGUUGUGGCCUGAGAAAUUUCAAAACAAAACGAAUGGAGUGACACCGAGAAGAUGGAUCCGUUUUUGCAAUCCGGACCUGAGUAAAAUCAUCACAAAGUGGACUGGAACAGAGCACUGGGUGACAGAUACUGAGAAACUGGCAACACUCCGACAGUUCGCUGAUAGUGAGCAUCUUCAGUCCAUGUGGAAGGAAGCUAAAAGAAUAAACAAAUUGAAAGUUGUCUCUUUUCUAAAAGAAAAAACUGGCUAUUUAGUCAGCCCUGAUGCAAUGUUUGACGUACAGGUAAAACGCAUCCAUGAAUACAAGCGGCAGUUGUUGAACAUCCUGGGGAUUGUCUAUCGUUAUAAACAAAUGAAAGAAAUGACUCGCGAGGAAAGAGAAGCCAAGUUUGUUCCUCGGGUCUGUAUAUUUGGGGGGAAAGCAUUUGCUACAUAUGUCCAGGCCAAAAGGAUUGUGAAAUUCAUUACUGAUGUUGGAGCUACCGUCAAUAACGAUCCUGUUAUAGGAGACCUUUUGAAGGUAGUCUUUGUUCCAGAUUACAACGUGAGUGUAGCAGAAGUACUCAUUCCUGGCAGUGAUCUUUCCCAGCAUAUCAGUACGGCUGGAAUGGAGGCCAGCGGUACCAGCAACAUGAAGUUUGCAAUGAAUGGCUGCAUAUUAAUUGGAACAUUAGAUGGGGCAAAUGUGGAGAUAAGAGAAGAGGUUGGAGAAGACAACUUUUUCCUCUUUGGUGCAAGGGCGCAUGAAAUUGCUGGCCUAAGAAAAGAAAGAGCUCAAGGCAAGUUUGUUCCUGAUCCACGGUUUGAGGAAGUGAAGGCUUUCAUUAGAAGUGGGGUUUUCGGUUCCAAUAACUAUGAAGAACUCGUGGGAUCUUUAGAAGGAAAUGAAGGUUAUGGUCGGGCAGACUAUUUCCUCGUUGGCAAGGACUUCCCUAGUUACAUAGAGUGCCAAGACAGGGUUGAUGAGGCCUAUCGAGAUCAAAAGAGAUGGACCAAGAUGUCGAUCUUAAACACAUCUGGUUCAUAUAAGUUCAGCAGUGACAGAACCAUUCAUGAGUAUGCAAGAGACAUAUGGAAGAUUUCUCCACUAUUGCCAUCUUAAAAGGUCCCACCAUCCCGUUCUAAGGCUAAAGAAUAGUUGGGAAGACUCUCAUAAUGAUCUAGGAACCGUUCGUGAGGAGAUUGGAGCGGAUUUGGAGAAGAAUUAGGACUACAAAGGUUGUAUAUUCUCCACCCUUUUGUUUUAAUUUAAUUGCAUGCUUAUUCUCUCGAAAUGAACAUAAUUGGAGUGCUUUAGAUCCUUUAUUUCUUCCGUUGCACAUAUGUUCGUUCCAUCAAUUGUGUUCGUCUUUGAUAUCACAAUUCUCUCUUGUGUUGUAAUAAUUAUUGUAAUUGCCCGAUGUAUGGGCUUUAAUUUGUAUGAAGGGUCUGUAAUUUUCUUAAAGUUAUAGAGUUGAUCUUAGGUUGUAAUUACUCGGUUUCGUCAAAGAGGUCAGGUUGCUUUUUGGUGAUUUUUCCCUUCCAGACCCGAUGCAUGACCCGCAACCCGACCUAAGGAGACUCCACGACCCGCAAGCAACGUCUGAUGCUUGGAGUUGGUCCAGACCCGACCCACAACCCGCGUUCGACCUGAUUCUUGUCGUGGCCCAUCUCAGCGUUCCGGCCCGCGUCAGCAUCUCUAGCCUAAGCCGCAUUUUCAGCCUAAGUCGUUCGCGCCUGUUCAACCGAUCCAAGAUCGCAACUAGAGCGCUAGUCGACCCACGCCCGUGCCCGACUCAUCCGACCCGUCUGUUUGCAUGCUCGGUUUGGUGGCUCAGUCGGUCCAGAUGGUCUAGACUAGUCCGGUUUGACUGGUUUGACCAGUUUUGACCGGUUUCUGGGGGUUUUUGGCCGGUUUAGCUAUUUUGAAGGUCGGUUCAAGAGGUUUUCAAGUGGUUCGAGCUGGUUCAAAGUAUUCGAAGGCGAUUCAAGGCUAUUUACUGUUUAUUAUUCAAGGCUUAGAAUACCAAAACUAGUCCAUUCUAGUGUGGUUUAUUUAAUUAUGCAUUGUGAAUGUAUAGAUUAAAUAAUUUAUCUUCUGUGUGCAUAUUAUCUGCCAUGUAGAUUUAAAAUCCCACCAUAGGUUAAG